AUGGAUAAUGAGAACUUCGGUCUCGCUAAAUCAUUCUCUAGUGCACCAGUACUCUCAAUUUCCCCUCACACUAAUUUCUCUCAAAAAGAGCAAACUGAUAUUGAGCACGAACUUAAUGAGCAAGUUGGAACUACUGGAGAGUACGUAUCUGAAGGUUUCUGUUUUAAACUAGCCCCAGGUCAAGAUUAAAUCGGAUUCAUGAGAUCAUUAAAAGAGAAGGCACCUAAAUUAACUGACUUUGCCAAGGGUACAACUACUCUAGCUUUUGAAUUCUAGGAGGGAGUUUUGGUAGCAGUUGAUGCCAGAGCCACCAUGGGAGCCUUCAUCUCAUCUAAUAAUGUCAGAAAGGUUAUUGAGAUCAAUGAUUUCCUUUUGGGUACUAUGGCAGGUGGUGCUGCUGAUUGUAUGUUCUGGGAAAAAUACGUUGCAAUGCAAUGCAGAGUAUAUGAAUUGAGAAAUGGAGAAAAGCCAAGCGUUGCUAUGGCCUCCAUGAUGCUUGCAAGUAUUAUGAGACAAUAUAGAGGUCAAGGCCUAUCAAUGGGAACAAUGUUCACUGGAUCUGAUAAGACUGGAGCUAGUCUUUACUAUAUUGAUAACGAUGCCACAAGAGUUAAGGGUAGAUUGUUUGCUGUAGGUUCAGGAGGAACCUUCGCUUAUGGUGUCUUAGAUACAAACUACAGAUAUGAUAUGUCUCUUGAUGAGGCAGUCAAUCUCGGUAUUCGCGCAAUCACCUCUGCAACCUUCAAAGAUUCAGCCUCAGGAGGUGUAGUCAGAAUAUAUCAUGUCACCAAUCAUGGAAAAUGGAAUCUCAUCCACGAUGCCAUCGAUGUUUCAGAACUUCACUACCAAUUCGAGCAAAACAAAGGACACACUGGUCGUGGUAACGAGGGAAAACCAAAUAAAUAUUUGUGA